AUGGACGCUGUCGAUGAAUUUAAACUGAUUGCGGCGCUCUUCAUCUUGGUGCUGGCGCUCUUGGGUGGCAUGGCGCCGUUAUUGAGCAGUCAACGCGUCAGCAAACGCGUUACUAGCGUGCUCAAUAUGGUGGCGGCUGGUAUCUUUCUUGCUAGCUCAUGUAUGCAUCUUCUGCCGGAUGCACAGAACAAUGCGGCGCUUACAGAGUGGGGUUGUGAACAUACCGCUGAAGUUUUUCUUGCCGUGAGAACACGCUACAAUGGCGACAGGAAGCGCUGCUUUAGAUGGGCCAACUUCUUUUAUGGCUGUGGCUUCCUUCUGGUACUGCUUCUCGAGGUCAUGGCGCACACAUUGCAACGGUAUUACAGCAAAGUAAAUGGCCGUGCUCAUGGUGCAGAGCACGAGCGGGACGCACUACUGACUGUCACGAACCCCAGUGUUGCUAGAGUGGAGAACCUGAACAAGAACGCUGGACACGCUCAUGCUCGCGCUCAUGACCACUCGUACGAUUUGAUCGAGACUGGAGACUAUGGUAGUCAAGGAGAGAGCGUUGGACUCCUAGUCCACGCUGAAGACGGCAAGGAUGAGCCACACUCGCACAUUCAUGGCAUCGUAAAGGGCAACUCCAUUUUGGCGCUCGUAGUCUUCGUCGCAUUGUCGUUCCACUCUGUGAUGGAAGGCAUGGGCAUGGGAGCCUCAAGCACCCCGGCUUGGGAUAUUCUAGUCGCUAUCUUGGCACACAAGUCACUGGCAGCAUUCGCGCUGGCGCUCGAGUUCCUGCACCACAACGUGUCACAGAAGCAACUUUUGUCCUCCAUAGUAGUUUUCUCAAUCAUGACGCCCAUGGGGAUCUUGUUGGGUCGGCUGCUCGUCGAUUCCAACCGUGCGACACCUGCAGCUGGUGUGUGUGCUGCGUUUGCCGGUGGCACUUUCCUGUUUGUUGCUAUCAUGGAGAUCAUCCCGCAAGAGCUGCAGGAUCCACGGUACCAAGUCGAAAAGUGUUCUGCUCUGCUUGCUGGAUACGGUGCCAUGGGUGUGCUUUCACUCUGGACGUAA